AGGGUCCUGGCGACCCGGGAUGGGGAUCCCCGCGGUCCCCUCAGGGCAAGGCGGGCUCCGGCCCCCAGGUGAGUUCCUCGCUCUCCUCCCGCCGCAGCCCUGCACCAUGCAAGCGGGUGAUUUCGACUCCUCGGACGACGAGGCCGCUGAGGAGGACCUGAGGCCGCUUCACAUCUCCUGGCUGUCUUUGUCUCCUGUCUACUCCUCUGAGUUUCUGGGAUUAUGUUCCCUUCCAGGUUGCAGGUUUAAGGAUAUCAGGAGAAAUCUCCAGAAAGAUCUUGAGGAACUCAAGAGCCAUGGGACCCAAGAUGUGUUUGUGCUUUGUACCAGAGGAGAGCUCUUAAAAUACCGAGUGCCAAACCUUCUAGAUGCUUACCAACAGCAUGGGAUCUGUGUGCACCACCACCCUAUUCCUGAUGGGGAUGCUCCUGACAUUGCCCAGUGCUGCAAAAUCCUGGAAGAGCUCAGGAGCUGCCUGGAAAGUAACCGGAAAACAAUCAUUCACUGUUAUGGUGGCCUCGGACGCUCAUGUCUCAUAGCUGCGUGUCUCCUGCUUCAGCUUUCGGAUGCUCUGGCACCCCAGGAAGCAAUAGAGAGACUGAGGAACCUGAGAGGCUCUGGGGCCAUACAGACCAUCAAGGUAAUGAGCAGUACAAUUACCUCCAUGACUUCAGGGACACCCUCACUGCCCACCUGGCCACCAAGGACAGGAUAUUGAGAUCUGUAUCCCGGUAACUAAAGGUGCUCUGGAGCACCUGGGUCUCCACAGACACCUGGAUGAGAUGGCUCCUUCCUGACCUUUCCAGUUUCUCACUUUCACAUCUAUGUGUAAAAAUAUUGGGGUGGGGGAAAGAAAUCCUCCAGGGCCAGCAGCAUCAGGCUGGCAGGUUUAAUACUCACUGCCUUAAAAUUACAUGAAAGUGUCUUUCUGUGGGUUAAUGUUCUGUGCAAUGAGCUUGGCUUAAAUAGAAGAAUGAC